CAGCGAGUGAAUUUGAAGUCUCGCGUACCCCAGGGUCGCGAUCUCGCGAUCUCCUUCUUUCAACAUCAACAAAUACCCGUGGGGAGGACCGCUUUCUCGACGAUUGUCCCGCUCCAGUACGGCACAAUCCUCGAUCAUUCUACCACUUCGUACCGGACAAUCAAAAAGAUCGGCGUACCACAGCUAUGGCUUCUGGAUUCGGGCAAGCGUCAUCUUCACCAUAUCAUGACAUUUGGACGGUCAUCACUACUUGGAAGUUUGCUUGCAGCCAUGAAUUGACACAAGAAAAAUCCAACCGACCUGCCUCCCCCUCUCCCUUCCUUUAUGGCGGUGGUAGACUUGAACGGAGAGCAAAAUCGUCCACCCAACAAUGCCCGGAGUGUACGGAAGCCUACGAGAACAAUCACAAAGCUGAGCGGGAGGCGGCACGCAAGAAAGCAGCAGAAGAUGCAGCAUUGCAGCCAUUCGUGCAGGCCACCCUACGACAAAUGCACGAGUGCAUGCAAGAAGCCAAAGCCAAGAAACAAGAAGCGAAAUCCCUCGCAAUCUACAAAAGCCAGGUUGUCUCCAUCGAAAAGCACAUUGGCGAGGCAGCCAAUGAUGAGGAGCUGCGCGCUGAACUAACCAUCAUGCUGAAAAACUGCAAGUUGCUGUGGGCAAGCAAAGUCAAAAAAGCUGUGAUGGAAGGCAAAGACCUGGCAUCAACUGGAACAAUCAGCAAGCCGGAGUUGAGAAACAAGUUGGAGAAGAUCACUCUCAUGAUGGACGGGGCGGAGAUCUUGAAAGACAAGCUUGAGAAAAUCAACCUCAUGAGAGAUCGGGUGGAGAUUCUACGGGACGAGGAGUCUGGGAAGAGUCUUUUCGGUGAUGAGAAGAGGAAGGAGAAGCUUGAGGCACAGCUGUCGGAUUGGAAGCGAGUUUCUGCAGCGAUGACGGAUGUUGUGGAGAUGUAUGAACAGAGAAUCGCCCCGCACAUCGAGGCGCUUGAGAUUAUUGAGAAGGAAAUUCAUGAACCGUGGGAGUACGCUUUGACGUUAAUGAAGGAGGAAUGAUUCUCGACCGAAUCGAAGUGUCUUCGCGGAACUUUGGGAUCAAGAGAACAGCGGCGCCAAUGGUUUGACUUGGAGUGGGACAUCGGAUGUGGUGCAGAUUGUAAGAUCACGUUGUUGCUUGAGCCCUUAUGUUAAUCAGUAUUCGAGGAAGGGAAAUGGCCUGGGGCGAUAUCUUCGGGAAUGGCGUGCCAGAUAUGCAGACAGAAGGAAAAGAUGAGUUCCUUCCACCCACGAGCACCGCGAGAACCAAAAUGGUAAAUACAAUCAACUCAGCAUUGC